AUGCCACCCCAUUUGAUUUUCGGUGCCGGAGGCAUUGGCACAACAGAAAAGUCGUUCACCUUCACCUGGCACACGCCCGAGAAGACUGCUGAGCUCCUGUCAGUGCUGAAGCGUCUUGAGGUCCUGGAGCUUGACUCUGCUGCCUCAUAUCCACCCAAAAACCCAUGGUGUACAGAGGCGCUGCUCGGACAGGCCAAGGCAGCAGAUGCCGGCUUCAUCAUCAACUCCAAGAUUGCAGGUCACGUCCAGGGCCCAAAGCUCAAUGACGAAGCCAUCAAUGCCAGUGUAGAGAAGACCCUGCAGCUUCUUGGCGUUGAGAAAGUCUCAGUCUUGUUUUCACACUUCCCGGAUGUUCUGACGCCCCUGGACGAAACGGCAGCUGCGUUUCAUAGGCAGCACCAACUGGGACGGUUUGAGAGGCUUGGACUCUGCAACUACAGCGUCGAGGACAUGGCCAAGUACUUCGAGAUUUGUGAAGAGAAAGGCUACGUCAAGCCCACGGUAUACCAGGGAUCUUACAACGCUUUGUCCCGCGAGGCAGAAGCGGGAUUGAUACCUUUGCUGCGCAAACACAAUUGCGUGUUCCAAGCAUACAGUCCUUUAGCAGGAGGCUUCCUCACAGGCAAGGUGACCGAAGCCUUGGACUCGGGAGAUUCUGCAAGCCUGAACCGAACACGUUGGCAGGGAGAUAGUGUGUUUCCGGUGUAUGUUUCAAAAUACACUUCGCCCGCCAUGCAUGAUGCCAUCCGAAGGCUCAAAGCCGUCUGUGAGUCUGCAUCCCCCAGGAUCUCAGUCAAAGAGGCAGCAGAGCGAUGGAUCAUGCAUCACUCGGCUCUACAGGACGGUGAUGGGGUCAUCUUUGGCUCGAAAACUAUCGAGAAUGUGGAGAGUAAUGUAGACGAUUUUAGGAAGGGUCCCUUGGACGGCGAUGCGCUCAAAGCUGUUGAAAGCAUGUGGGAGACUGUACAAGAUGGAAUGAAGGACCCAUCAGCAUGA